AAGAUACUACAAAUAAUUAUCCCUGUAUGGCAGCACUCUCUUGAACAGCAAAAUAUUCAUCAUGUCUCGACUCAUAGUGAAGAAUCUGCCAAGCAAAAUCAAUGAAGAAAAAUUGAAAAAAGAAUUUGAACCUUAUGGGACAAUUACUGAUGUAAAACUAAUGUUUAGUAAAAGUGGAAAGUUUCGUCGUUUUGCUUUUGUAGGAUAUCAAUUCACUGAAAAUGCUGAUAAAGCAAAGUCAAAACUUGAUAAAAGUCUUAUCUUAAAUCAGAAGAUUUCUGUAGAAACGUGCAAUGACUUUGGUGCGAAUGAUAAAGUAAAAGAAGCGUUUCAACGAUCGAAGAAAAAUAAAACGGGAACAACUGCGGAAAAACAGCAGAAAAAAGAAGCGACUGAUUUGGACUUUAUUAAAGCGAACACUAACAGUCAGUUAAAAGACGAUGAUUCUGAUGAUGAAACUGAAACGCCAAAAAUGGAAACUAUGCAAUUCUCAGUUAAAAUGAGGGGGUGCCCUUUUAAUAUAAAAGAAAAGCAAAUUCGGGAAUUCUUUUUUCCUAUUACAGUAAAAAGUCUGAAUGUUCAGAAAACUGAUCAUGGCAGUCGGACCGGUUUCGUUUACGUGCAUUUUAAAACAGAAGAAGACCGAGAAGCCGCGCUGAAACACAAUGGGGAUUAUAUUAAAGGAAGAUAUAUUGAACUUUUCAAACAACUUGCAGCUAAGCAUCAAGGCAAGCAGGGACCUUAUUAUGAAAAGGCAUGGAUGAAGAAAGUUGCUGAAGGACACCAGGAUUGUGAAACAGAAGAUAUUUCGGAGUCUGGUCGACUUUAUGUUCGUAACCUGCCCUAUACUGCUACCGAGGAGGAUUUAGAAAAUCAUUUCAAAAGUUUUGGUCCGUUGUCUGAAGUCAGUAUACCAGUUGACGACAUGAGUAAAAAAAGUGUUGGUUUUGGGUUUAUUACUUAUAUGAUGCCAGAGCAUGCUCUGAAAGCAUUCAACUCAUUAGACGGCACAGCUUUUCAAGGUAGGAUGAUUCACAUUCUACCAGCCAAAGCAAAAGUUGAAAAGAGAUCGAGUGAAAACCCAUCUGAUUUCAAGCAAGGAAAGCAAGCUGCAUUAAAACAAUCAAGCCAGAGUUCCCACAAUUGGAAUGCUUUGUUUAUGGGGACAGAUGCUGUUGUUGACGCUCUUGCUGAAAAAUAUAAUGGAGAUAAAAGUGAAAUACUAACGUCAACCAAGCAACACACCGCUGCUGUGCGUGUAGCUCUUGGGGAAACUUUACUUGUGCAAGAAACCAGAGAAUUUUUGCUCAAGAAUGGAAUUUCGUUGGAUGCUUUCAGCCAGCCGAACGCAGAAAGAAGCAAAACUGUUAUCAUCGCUAAAAAUUUACCUGUGGGUUCGACUUGCUCUGAGCUGCGUGAGAUGUUCGCUAAGUUUGCCGAACUUGGACGUGUUGUGCUUGCACCAGCGGGGGUAACUGCUGUUAUAGAGUGUCUUAAACCUGCAGAGGCGAAACUGGCUUUUACGAAACUUGCGUACCGAAAAUUUCACCACUCGCCCCUGUAUUUAGAGUGGGCUCCAGUGGGAACAUUUAAAACCAAUUUUAAGGAGUUUAGUGGAGAAGCAGAAAGUACAGAAGUUAAAGAGGAUUCUGAAGAAGUGGAAAAUACUGAAGAAGAUUUCACAAUUUUUGUCAAAAAUUUAAAUUUUUCAACUGACGAAGAAAGUUUAAAAACUCAUUUUUCCAGCUGCGGUGAACUAAAAUCUUGUUUAAUUAGCAGAAAAAAGACUCAUAAAAGUAACGCUCUUCUUUCAAUGGGUUAUGGGUUUGUGUGUUAUGCACGGAAAAAAGACGGACAAAAAGCCUUGAAAACUUUACAAGGUACAAUGCUGGAUGAGCACAAGUUAGAGUUAAAGAUGUCUGAAAGAAAAACAAACUCAAACACUUCGGCAAAACGUAGAUUUCAACUGGAUAAAAAGCAAGCCUCGUCCAAAAUUUUGGUUCGAAAUGUUCCUUUCCAGGCAAACUCAGGGGAAAUCGAAAGUUUAUUCAAGUCCUUUGGAGAGUUAAAGUCGGUUCGAAUGCCCAAGAAAGUUGGCAGUAUCACUGCACAGGCUGGUAGUCAUAGAGGGUUUGCUUUUGUGGAUUUCCUAACAAAACAAGAAGCGAAAAAAGCGUUUGAAGCUUUGUGUCAUUCCACUCAUUUGUACGGAAGGAGAUUGGUGCUGGAGUGGGCUGACGCAGAAGAAGACUCUGUAGAAGGACUACGAAAGAAAACUGCGACACAUUUUCACGAAAAUGUUAAGCGAAGAAAAGGCAUGGAUGAUUUUGAAGAAGCUCUAAAUUCUAAAAUCGAGGACUAAUUAGUAAUUGUCUUCUCGUAAUUGCUAUUUCGUGAUUUUAUUAUGGAAUAAAACCUGCUGAUUAAGUUCCAGUAUACUGGUGUAGAAACUUGUUGAAUGUUUGUGUCGUGCAUGGUGUAUUGGUAAUCAUUAACUUUGAGUUCGGUUAAACGAACUAUGAUGUUUAUAGGGAGCUGCGUUAAACAUCAACAGAACUAAUAAAUUACAUUGGUUUACAAAACUUUAUUAAAAUGAUGUUUUUUGGGAAAGA